AUGCCGGUGUACGCCGACGCAAAAACCGCUCAGAAACCUAAGAACCUUAUGGUUAACGACGUUGGAGAAGCACCAGAAGGCCCUGGUGUGGUACAGGGAACCGAUGGCAGCCUGAGCGAGCCCGCCAAGUACGACAAAGACAUCAUCUAUAGGAGAGAGAAGAGAGAGGAGAGGCGAAAAAGGCACCGUCGAGUUGCCGAGGAACAUGGUUUGGUCCCCGUUGAGGUCUAUAAUAACAUCAGCAACUCGUCCACCGAGAAUCACGGCUAUACCGGAACGCCUCAAGCUGGCAACACAACGUCACGACCUAUCACGGACGCGGUAAGGAUAUACCGCCGAUGUUGCAAGUUACGCGAAACAUCCAUUCUCAAGAAGAUUACUGCGCAGCUUACAAAUGGCGCAAAUUUAUGCCCGACGACGGGCGCCGUGAAGAGACUGGAUUUGACCGAUUGCUGGCUACAGCUGCCGGAUAUCGUUACGUUGGGCGACUAUCUUGCAAUAUUUCCCGUUACGGAGAUCGUUCUUGAAAACUGCGGAUUGAGUGACGAAGGAUUGCGAAUUAUUCUUGCGGGCCUCUUGGCUGUCAAACGAUCGCCUGGCUCGUGGUGCGAGAAGCGGAAACAGACUCCCGAGGUGCAAGGCGUGGUGGAGCGCGUUGUGCUCAAGAAGAACAAACUUGGACUCGACGGCUGGAGAUAUAUAUCUCUGUUUCUAUACCUGUGCAGAUCGCUGGAGCAUCUGGAUAUCUCGCAAAUCACCCCUCCCAAGCAAACUGCUAGGAACACCUGUAGCACUCUGCACCCCAGCAACCGAUUUUCCCUGGGCAUUACAGACGUUUUUUCCAGGGCAAUUGCUCAACGCCCGGAGGAUCGACCCUGA